GUGAGCGGUCGCGGUCUCUCCCCAUCCGGGGCAGCGGGGAAUGGCUGAGCCCGGGGUUCGCCGGCGCCGCCCGCUCUCGGCUGCGGCUGCAGGACCUUAGCAUCCUGAGCCAUUUGGAUUCAUAAUCCUCAAGGCUAAGCUGUCAGAGUUCAUCAUGUCCAAGUUAAAAAGCUCAGAGUCAGUCCGGGUGGUGGUUCGCUGUCGACCCAUGAAUGGCAAAGAAAAGGCCGCAUCCUAUGACAAAGUGGUAGAUGUGGAUGUGAAGCUGGGGCAGGUGUCUGUGAAGAACCCCAAAGGCACAUCCCAUGAGAUGCCCAAGACCUUCACCUUCGAUGCCGUCUAUGAUUGGAAUGCCAAGCAAUUUGAACUCUAUGACGAGACGUUCCGUCCACUUGUGGACUCUGUCCUACAGGGUUUCAAUGGCACAAUUUUUGCCUACGGACAAACGGGAACUGGGAAAACCUAUACCAUGGAGGGAGUCCGUGGUGACCCUGAAAAAAGAGGGGUCAUCCCCAACUCAUUUGAUCACAUCUUCACCCACAUCUCUCGAUCGCAGAAUCAGCAGUACCUGGUCAGGGCCUCUUACUUAGAGAUCUAUCAGGAAGAGAUCCGAGACUUGCUCUCAAAGGACCAGACCAAAAGGCUGGAGCUCAAAGAAAGGCCCGAUACAGGCGUGUACGUGAAGGAUCUGUCUUCCUUUGUCACCAAAAGUGUGAAGGAGAUAGAGCAUGUGAUGAAUGUGGGGAACCAGAACCGAUCUGUCGGUGCCACCAACAUGAACGAGCACAGCUCACGAUCACAUGCAAUCUUUGUCAUCACGAUCGAAUGCAGCGAGGUGGGCCUAGAUGGUGAAAACCACAUCCGGGUAGGAAAACUAAACCUUGUAGACCUUGCUGGCAGUGAGCGGCAAGCCAAGACUGGCGCUCAAGGGGAAAGACUGAAGGAAGCGACCAAAAUCAACCUGUCCCUUUCAGCCUUGGGUAAUGUUAUCUCUGCCCUGGUAGAUGGCAAAAGCACCCAUAUUCCAUAUAGAGACUCAAAGCUGACUAGGCUUCUCCAGGAUUCCCUUGGUGGCAAUGCCAAAACUGUGAUGGUAGCCAAUGUGGGGCCUGCCUCUUACAAUGUAGAAGAGACCCUGACCACUCUGAGAUAUGCCAAUCGUGCCAAAAACAUUAAGAACAAGCCAAGGGUCAAUGAGGACCCAAAGGAUGCUCUGCUUCGAGAAUUCCAGGAAGAAAUUGCUCGGCUCAAGGCCCAGCUGGAAAAACGUUCCAUUGGCAGGAGGAAGAGGCGAGAGAAGCGGAGGGAAGGUGGUGGCAGUGGUGGGGGUGGGGAAGAGGAGGAGGAGGAGGGAGAAGAGGGUGAGGAGGAAGGGGAUGAUAAGGAUGAUUACUGGCGGGAACAGCAAGAAAAACUGGAGAUUGAGAAGCGGGCCAUUGUAGAGGAUCACAGCUUGGUUGCAGAGGAGAAGAUGAGGCUGCUGAAGGAGAAAGAAAAAAAGAUGGAGGACCUGCGACGGGAGAAGGAUGCUGCUGAGAUGCUGGGGGCCAAAAUCAAGGCCAUGGAGAGUAAGCUGCUUGUUGGAGGAAAAAAUAUAGUAGAUCAUACAAAUGAACAGCAGAAGAUCUUGGAGCAGAAGCGCCAGGAGAUCGCAGAGCAGAAACGUCGAGAAAGAGAAAUCCAGCAGCAAAUGGAAAGUCGAGACGAGGAAACCUUGGAACUAAAAGAGACUUACACCUCGUUGCAGCAGGAGGUAGACAUCAAGACCAAAAAGCUCAAAAAGCUCUUUUCCAAGCUCCAGGCUGUGAAGGCUGAGAUCCACGACCUGCAAGAAGAACACAUCAAGGAGCGCCAGGAACUGGAGCAGACGCAGAACGAGCUCACCAGGGAGCUUAAGCUCAAGCAUCUUAUUAUAGAAAACUUUAUCCCCUUGGAAGAGAAGAAUAAAAUUAUGAAUAGGUCCUUCUUUGAUGAUGAAGAAGACCACUGGAAAUUACACCCUCUUACCAGACUGGGGAGCCAGCAGAUGAUGAAGCGGCCCGUCUCUGCUGUGGGAUACAAGAGACCCCUGAGCCAGCACGCACGGAUGUCCAUGAUGAUUCGGCCAGAACCCCGAUACAGGGCGGAGAACAUCAUGCUCCUGGAGUUGGACAUGCCCAGCCGGACGACCAGAGAUUAUGAGGGCCCAGCCAUUUCCCCCAAGGUCCAGGCUGCCCUAGAUGCAGCUCUGCAGGAUGAAGAUGAGAUACAGGUGGAUGCAUCAUCCUUUGAAAGCACUGCAAACAGAAAACCCAAGGCCAGGCCCAAGAGUGGCAGGAAGUCAGGAUCCUCCUCUUCCUCCUCAGGAAACCCUGCAUCUCAGUUUUACCCACAGUCUCGGGGGCUGGUUCCUAAGUAACCCAGCACCCCCUCCCAGGGUGGGAACAGCAUUGUCUUCUGAGAGAAGAGCAAGCACGAAACUGCAGAGAUGACUUGAGCCUAAACGCAGAACCGUUCCCCUGAGGAGAAGAGAUGGCCUCUUUGCAGAUUAAGCGACUCAUUCUGCCUGAACAUGCUGGUCCUGAUUUGGCACUCAGCUCCUCUGGGACGUGUCCUUGAAUUAGCAUCUCAGAAAUGCAUGGGUAAGGUGAAGUGCAAAGUCCAAGUGGACAGCAAGAGAAUGACCACAGCCUUGCUUUCCUUCUUCCUCCCAUUCCCACCCUCCCUUCCUCUCCUCUCUUCUAGCCUCUUCCUCACACCAGGAUCCCUUCUUGUUACACAAUAUGGCGUCGAGGCCUCCUUAGGACCAUAUGUGAGGAGCCUUGGAGUAAAAUGACAGUGGAGCUGGGAAGUGACAGCCGUAGAACUGCAAUAGGUGCCUGCUUUUGUCAGGUGAAAUGAGAGAUCUCACUUGGAACCAAGUCCUAGGAUGGCACAAUCAGCGAGCCAGCUCCCAGGCCCCUCAGUAGGAGUAGAUCUGCCUGUGGAAUCUGUUGAACGGGGCAAUGGCUUCCAGUUCCUGCUCCAGAAGGACUUGGUGUUGGAAGCAAUAGAAAAGACAUUCCCUUUGCCUUCUGGGAGAGUUUGGGGAAAUAGCUUUUUUAAAACCUCAAAACCAUGACCAUCCUGUUAAAGACCUAAGUCUAUAAACCAGUGCCAUGUCCAUCUGCCAUGUCACUUUACUCUUCCUUUGUCGCCGUCUUCCUCCAAGUCCACAUGCUGAGUGGGCUCGUGUCGACCCUCCUUCAGAGUGCGCCUAUGGAAUGUGCUUCGAAGUGGGUCUCUGUGGGAGGAGGGGCUGGCUCUGCCUUCUCUGAUGGGACUGGAAUUGGGGGCACUUCUGAAUUGCCCAGUUGGGUCCAUGCUGGUCACGGGGGCAGAAUGAGUAGGCAGAUGCAGAGCUGGAGGCAGGAGACUCAGCAGAGGGAAGGGAAGACAGAGACGGAAGCAAAGGAAUCCUGUCUGUCUAGAGCAGAAGGCCCACUGACUGCUGGAGGUGUGCUUCCCCUAGGUGCUGGCAAGAAGAGGCUCUGAGAGAGUAGACUCGGAGGAGAGUUCACACUUCCUGUUUACAUAGAUUAGUUCAGUGUGUAAGUUUUAGUUCUUCAUAUUCUGGCACCUCGAGCUUUAUUUUGGUCAUUAGGUGACAGUUACUCAUCCCCCCACCCCCGAGAGAAAUGCGUGAGCGUGGGGGGCUGUGUGUGCAGUGAUGUCUGUGCUCUCAUCAUCUGUGAGCGAGACUGAAGAUUUGCCCGUUUUAGAAAUACUCCAGCGUGCAGCCUUUGCCUUCGUCUGUGGUGAAGGCCACUGGAUGGCUAAUCAGGCUAGAAGCACGCCCCCGUGUGUGUCUGAGUCCAUGAUCCAAGCCUGAGGGGACGGUCUUGAGUCCGCAAGUCUGCCACACUGGUGCACCUUGCUGGCAUGGUGCCUCAGGAAGAUGGCAACUCAAGUGGGCCUUGAGAUGCAUUUUUAACUCAGCUGCUCAGUCUCCAUAUCCUUUCCGGAUCAGAACCUAUGGGAAGGAGGAGCUAGCAGGUGCAAUGUCUUGACAUUCUACAGAAUGGAGAUCCAUUUAUCCCCAUGUUAGUGAUCAUUCUUUCUGAGCCUGGAGCCCUAUACAGCAGUUCCUAGGGUAUAAUGGAACCUGUCUUUAUCUUUCCUUGGGCUCAAACCCUGCUCCUUAUGUACUAAGAAUUUGCCUGUUUGAAUAGGAACCAAAUGACGAGAUGUGUGGUCUAAGGUGGCUGUCUGCUGGUGACACUGUCUCUCUUACCACAUUUCCACACAGUUAGUCUGAAUUCUGUAGGCUAAAAACAUUCAUGCAACAAAGCAAAGGAUUGGAAACUUCAGGUAAUACUAUACCUUAAUACUGGUGUCUUUUGAAGUGUUGGAGAAUAUGUUGGAGGUGGUGGUGGUUAAGUGAUCUACAGAACUUUUCCAGAGAAACAAAAGAAGAAAGCCAGCUGACAGUCGUGAUUAUUAAAGCAAGCUUUGCCCUGUCCCCAGCUGUGUUCCUACAGUGGUCUGUGGAAACCAAGUAGAAGGGCCACCCAUGUGGCAAUGAAGCUGUCUCUUCCGGGGCAGCCUCUGGUGCUUCUCUUCUCUCAACAUGGAUCCGAUAUUGAAAAGAGCAGAUGCUAAAAUGUCUUGCUGCCCCCAGAAUGCUGCUGCUUUGAGUUCUGGAUUGAGCCAAGAGUAGAGAACAUACCAGCUCUCUGAGGGACCAAAGCUUUAUACUGAUUGUUAGCUCGAAUGUUCUGGGAUGCUGGAAGGCCUUCAUGCCUGCAGCAGCUGUUGUAGCCUAGAAGCAAGUCUUUAAAAGGAUCUAAGAAGACCAUCCGGGAGGUGUUUGCAGCUACACAUACAAUCCUCAUCAGACUCUCUUUCCCUCUCAUCUGUAGAAUGUAUCUGGCUUCAUAUGACACAAUUUCCAGACCGCUAGAUUCAGAAUCAGAGGCCACAAAUCAUAGGCAUGAAGCACUUUCUUAAGACUGACCUGUGUUGAAUUGCCCCCUGUCGGAUGCCUGCAUGCUGCUUGAACUGCUCCACCCACACCUCCAUGACCCAGGGUGCCAGAGUGUGGUACAGCUCAGGCGUGGGCCUGUCUGCCCUUCCUUAUCUUAUUAAGUCCUCCCUCACUGAAUGUAGACUCUGCCAAGUUCCUGAGAAGCGUCGACUCCUUGCUAACAUAGGCUAUCCAGUUCUGCCUCACCUUUGCCUCUCGAGUUUGAGGAGCACUGUGAACACCUUGGACCAUCCAGACACCAUCAUGGAUGAAAUGGGCUACUAAUGUACUCUGAAAGCCAUAAAGCAAAGCUCAGAGGGAGGUAGGGAAGAUAGUCAGCCCCACAGUUAUCAUUCAAGUCUUGGUCUGGUACUUUGGGAUUCUGGCACCUUCCUCUCUGUCUGUCUCUUGAAUAAAAAUGCUUCUGAGGUUAUUUAUGAAGGGAAUGAUGUGGGCAGGCAGAAGGCGGGGGCUUGAUGGCUCUUUGGAGUUACUAAUGAUCUUGACCUUCUCUUAGGCUGUCUUUAGACAAAGGAUAUGCCAAUACUUGGGACUUUUAAGUUUUACAAUUGAUAUUUAUUUGUAUUAUCUCUUUGUCUAGCGAUGUAAAAGUGAUUCUAAACUAAGAUAUGUAAUAAAAAUCAAUCAGAUUUAUUGU